GCCUUCCUUCCUUCCUUCCCAAGCCUCACUUGCGAAUGUGUACGACUCUGUGCAACCUUUGGGACGUAUAAUUAAGCCAUCGUCCUGUUUUAUUCAUCCGUUCACAGUUUGAAAACAUGUCUCCGCGCCGCAGACUUGAUGAGUCAGCGAUCGAACGCCAUGACCCGAGGAAGUACAACUCAGCCAGAAAUUCACCGUUCUGUUCGUGUUCUCGUCGGACCAGAGCAUGAAUGAGUGGGCAAUGGCAGCUUUCAUUGGGAACAUUGUGGAGAUUGAGUUGGACAAAAUUGUUCUCUUGAAUGUCAUGCCAAUCAUCGGGGAAGGUGGCCCAUUCCACAGUAUAUGCUAAGACGUUGCGACGACGCUAUGGAGACAGACAUCCUCGGAUGUGGCUGUUGUUGAAUCUGAGGCCUACCACGGUCCCGUGACUGUCUGUCGCGCGACUCCGGACGCGAUGCCAUUGAUAUGAUGAGCCAUGAACGUAU